GCAUUUUUGAGGUUCACCCAUUAAACUUUUGUCAUCUUCUCUCCCCCUAGAGAAAGUAAAGGAGAGAAAAAUGGGUGCUUCUUUUCUUCCAUUGCCAGCAUUUUUGGGAGUUCUUCUCCUCUCAUGCGUAACAUUUUGUCUCCUUCCUGAGAUUGCACUAGCCAAAGACACUGGCUUAACCAGGCACUACAAGUUUGAGAUCAAGUUGCAAAACGUGACACGACUGUGCCACACAAAGAGCAUUGUAACAGUGAAUGGGCUGUUUCCUGGGCCUCGAAUUGUAGCUAGGGAGGGUGACCGUCUUCUUAUUAAAGUAGUUAACCAUGUCCAAGAUAAUAUCUCCAUCCAUUGGCAUGGCAUUAAGCAGCUUCAAAGUGGGUGGGCUGAUGGGCCAGCGUAUGUGACGCAGUGCCCCAUUCAAACUGGUCAGAGCUAUGUCUACAACUUCACCAUUGUUGGCCAGAGAGGGACUCUAUUCUGGCAUGCUCACAUCUCAUGGCUAAGGUCGACUCUCUAUGGUCCCAUAAUCAUUCUUCCAAGGCGUAAUGCAUCCUAUCCAUUUGAGAAGCCUCACAAGGGAGUCCCCAUCAUCUUUGGAGAAUGGUGGAAUGCAGAUCCUGAAGCUGUUAUUAGCCAGGCCCUGCAAACCGGUGGGGGGCCUAAUGUGUCUGAUGCCUAUACCAUCAAUGGACUUCCCGGACCCUUAUAUAAUUGCUCUGCCAAAGAUACUUUCAAGCUCAAGGUAAAACCAAACAAGACUUACCUCCUCCGCUUCAUCAAUGCGGCACUCAAUGAUGAGCUCUUCUUCAGUAUAGCAAACCACACUCUCACAGUCGUAGAUGUCGAUGCCAUUUAUGUUAAACCUUUUGAGACUAAGACCCUUCUCAUUACCCCCGGACAGACCACAAAUGUUCUUCUCAAGACCAAACCCAAUUUCCCAAAUGCCACCUUCCUCAUGACUGCUAGGCCAUAUGUGACCGGUCUUGGCACCUUUGACAACUCCACUGUAGCUGGUAUCCUUGAAUAUGAAUUACCAUCUGGUUCCCCUCACUCUACUUUAUUCAUCAAAAAGCUUCCACUCUUCAAACCAACUCUUCCCCCUCUCAAUGACACUUCAUUUGCUGCCAACUUCACAAGUAAACUCCGAAGCUUAGCAAGCCCUCAAUUCCCUGCCAACGUCCCCCAGAAAGUUGACAGGCACUUCUUCUUCACAGUUGGACUUGGAUCAAGCCCAUGUGACCAAAAUCAAACCUGCCAAGGGCCUAAUGGAACCAAAUUCUCAGCUUCAUUUAACAACAUAUCCUUUGCACUUCCAACCACAGCCCUCCUCCAAGCCCACUUCUUUGGGCAAUCAAAUGGUGUUUACAAACCUGACUUCCCUAUCACUCCGAUCAUUCCCUUUAACUAUACUGGAACCCCACCAAACAACACUCUGGUGAGCAAUGGAACCAAAGUGGUGGUUCUACCAUUCAACACCAGUGUGGAGCUUGUCGUGCAGGACACUAGCAUUCUUGGUGCUGAAAGCCACCCUCUUCACCUGCAUGGCUUCAACUUCUUUGUUGUUGGCCAAGGCUUUGGAAACUAUGAUCCCAAUAAAGACCCUGCAAAAUUCAAUCUUGUCGACCCCAUUGAGAGGAACACCGUGGGAGUGCCCUCUGGGGGUUGGGUUGCCAUUCGGUUUCUAGCAGACAACCCAGGGGUAUGGUUCAUGCAUUGCCACCUGGAAAUCCACACCAGCUGGGGCUUGAAGAUGGCCUGGGUUGUCUUAGAUGGAAAGCUCCCCAAUCAGAAGUUGCCUCCUCCACCAGCAGAUCUUCCCAAAUGUUGAUUUUGACUCACUCAUGCAUUCACACUGAUCACAAACUGCCCUGAGAUUUUUUUUUCUCUCCUGUGACCCUUUUUAAUUUGUAUAGGUCCUUUUGCAGCUCUUGCAUUUUCCAGUUUGAAUCUUUGGUUAUUAUCAUUAUUUUUUUCUGACUCUGCGGAGUGCAGGAAAGAAAAAAGAAAAAUGUGCACAACUUUUUUGUAAUUCCAGAUUUCAGUUUGCUAAUGUGAAAGCCCUCAACAAUAUUUUUGAA